GGUCGUGGGUGGGUGGUUGGUUCUCGGGAAGCGCGUUUGCGGGCGACGGCGGCAGAGAGCCGGAGAUUGCCUUCCACCGCCACCGCCGCCGCCACCCCCCUCCCUGCGCCCGUGAGUUGACUUCGGCUGCGCCCGGAGAAGGAACGCGAUCAUGCCGAAGAGAAAGUCUGCAGAAGGCGCUGAAGGCAAGGAUGCAGCAAAAUUAACAAAACAAGAGCCAACAAGACGAUCUGCAAGAUUGUUAGCUAAACCAGUUCCGCCAAAACCUGAGCCUAAGCCAAAGAAAACCACUAAGAAGGAGCUUGGAACAAAGGCUAGCAAAGGUGCUAAGGGGAAGAAAGAUGAAAUGCAGGAAGCCACAAAGGAAGGCACAGAAAACUGAAUUAGUGAAUGACAAGUAAGAGUGACCUGAAAGGAAGAUUAGAGGAUGAUUUUAUGUACCUCUGGACAACUUUUAAGAUAUAUUUUUAUCAAGUAUUUUGUAAAUGCUAAUUUUAUAGGACUUAUAACAAGGUGACAACCUGUAUAUAAACAUUUCUUCCUUCCAUAUUCUAUUCAUGCUUCUGAAGCUCAAAAAUGUUGCCGGGUUUUUAAGAAAUCAUCAGCGUCAUAUUGGAGAAAGGGUUUGGAAGAGUGGUGAAGCAUUCUGUAUAUUCACUUUCUGAAAAAAAGUUUCGUGCAUUUAGUGAUUUUUCCCCCCUUGGGUUUUUGGAUUUUCCUUGCAGUUUUUUCUAGAGCAAUAAUCCACAGUGCUUUUGUACUUACGAUUUAUGCGAUUUCAAUGAAAUAUGUAUACAUAUGGCCAUCUGGUGACUGUAUCAAGUUCUUCUCAUUUGUUCAAAAUAGCAAACUCUUGCUGCCAGCAAAUAAAAUUCCCAAAUAUUUUCUCUACAUUGUGGGUUUUGCCUUAAAGAUACCUAGCUCUUAUUAAUAGGAUACUAAGCACAUUUAUUUACAAGUUGUGUCCCAGUGAUUUCAAGAUCAUGAUCCAGGCCUGUGGAAGUUAGUGGGAAUUACUCUACAUUCUAAGCAUGUUUACUUGGCCCCAGGGUUUACUAUCUAGGGCCAGAGGGCUUAAAUACUAAGUAUUCCAUCAAGGUAGUUUUUAGCUAAAAGGCUUUAUUUUCCCCAAGGAUCAUCAAAGUAUGCAUUCAUAGUUUACAUAUAUUUUUAAAUGCUGCACAAUGUGUGGCUGAUUGAGGUUUAAAUGGGCCACCAACCUUUCACUGUGGCCUGGCAGGAGUUUCAGAAUACUGAUUUGUAUUCUUAUACACAUAGCACUCAUGCAACACUAGAAUGUUUACUGAGCCCUGGUGGACUACAACAGAUGCGAGUGGAUCUCAUAUCAUGCAGGUCUUGCUUUUGAGAAAAAAGGUCUAAAAAUGUCUUAUACUGGCAGAUUAUCUUUCCAACAUUGUUUCAUGUUAUUUUAACUUAAAUAGGCUUUGCAGAACUAUGAGAGCAAAAACCGAACUAGAAAACACAAUCUCUUUCUUUCUUGAGAGAUACAGAGGAAGAUCUUUUAUUUCAUACCUCCCUCUCUUAAACAUAAUCCACUAUCCACUCCAUGUAAAUGUCUAAGACUAAAACAGUGGUUGAAAUCCUGUUGUCAUAACUUAUGCUGCUUAAGGCUGAUGACAUCAGCAAAGAUUUUUUUUAAUUAAACAUUUCCAGCUUCUCAUGCUGUUCUUUAAGCCCUUUCUUCAUUGGGAAUCUGUGGAAUAGGAAGGGACAGUUUUUAAAUAUGCAGAAAUCACCACCUUUAAUAAAAUCACUCUACCAGUAGCAAUUUUCAGUAGUUAGAUACUUCCCUUUCUCAUCCCAUUGUUUCUAUGAGUUCCCAAUGAUGAAAGGGAUUACAGGAGCUUCAGAAGAAGUUUUGGAAAUGUUUAUUUUCUGAAAAACUGCUGCUACUGCUGCUGAUGUCAUUUGCCUUAUGCAGCAUAAGUAACAAGAUUGUCACCAGUAAUUUUCAGUCUUCUUCAUAUGUAAUGUACAUGUGUCAGUUUCUCCAGCUUUUCAUAGCCCUCCAUGCAGUCUCCAUCUUGCCACUGCACACAAACCAGAGAUUCUCUGAUGAAACAAAUUAGGCUUACCCUUGUGCAAAGAGGUAUGGGAUAGAUAAACUGGGAAAUAUAUGAACCAUUCACACAACAGACCAUUACAGGAGCAGAAUGAAUGAAGAGGAUUCUGGGUGAUGUGUGGUACUUGGUAGAGAUGAAGUAGAAAAGAGACUAUGGUUGCAUUCAAUUAUUUCAGUUAAUUAUCUAAUAACCAUGUCAACAUGCUUUAGACCAUUAUGAGCACCUAGUCAUUUUCCCCUGCCUUUUUCUCCUUUUUGCCUGGAACCUAAACAUUUGAAUUGUUUGGAGGAUGGGAAGGGAAAAUAUUUCUUGUCAUUUAGUAACAUUAAUUUUUUGUUGUUGUUGCACUAGUGGACAUAUUGUCUGGGGAUAUAUGCAUGUUUCAGUCAAUAAAUGAAGUUAUUAUUGCUUAA